AAUGUCGCUCCUUUUUUCUAUGUUGCAAAACCCCCAAAUUCUCUCUCCCUCCCUCAUACGCCGCAUUGUAGCAAACAAGUGAAUCUAUGGCGACCAACGAACCCGAGCACGAGCACAGAGACGAGGAAGAGGCCGCAGCUAACGAGGAUGAGGAUACCGGAGCUCAGGUCGCUCCGAUCGUUAGGCUUGAAGAGGUUGCCGUCACUACCGGCGAGGAAGAUGAAGACGCCGUCCUCGAUCUGAAAUCGAAGCUAUAUCGGUUCGACAAGGAUGCGAAUCAGUGGAAGGAGAGAGGAGCGGGUACUGUGAAGCUCUUAAAACAUAAAAAUACUGGGAAGAUUCGUCUCGUUAUGAGGCAAUCGAAAACUCUGAAGAUCUGUGCUAAUCACUUCGUGAAACCGGGCAUGACUGUUCAGGAACACGUUGGAAAUGAAAAGUCUUGUGUAUGGCACGCUCGUGACUUUGCCGAUGGGGAACUUAAGGAUGAGCUUUUCUGCAUCCGAUUUGCUUCAAUUGAGAAUUGCAAAGCAUUUAUGCAAAAGUUCAACGAAGUUGCUGAAUCUGAAGAAAAGAAAGAAGAGAGCAAAGAUGCCUCCGAUACCGCUGGUCUUCUUGAGAAGUUGACCGUAGAAGAGACAAAAACAGAGGAGAAACCCGUGGAGAAAGCUGUGGAGAAGGUGAAGACUGAAGUGGAAGCAGAUGAAAAGAAAAACAGCGAGCCAGAGAAAGCUGAUGAUAAAAAGAAACCUGAAGAGGCUGGUCCCUCAACUUAAAGAUGCAUCAUAAUUUACGCUAGCAAAUCCUGGCGAGGUAAUGUAGCCUCCAAAGUGUUUUGAUGCAUUCAUAUGGAGUCUGCUUUUGUCUUGGCACUAUCUGUCUAUCUACACAUGUGUUGUCGAGUCAUAUAAAGUGGUUGGGGAGGAUCGCUUGAGGUCGCCUCGGGUUUUGCUGAGUCGUUUUGGGUCUAUAUUUUUGAGUCGUAAGUGCCGUCGAUACGAGAUAUUCAGGAACAAAAGAUCUUUAAAGUUGGUUAUCUGAAUGAGUUACAUUGGAUUCAUUGUUUCAAGUUUUCUUAUGGAUCCUUUUUGGAUAGUCUUUUUUUGAGAAUAGAGAUGGUGUUUGUCCAUGGACAAGAGUCGUAAGUCCUACUUUUUUUUGUUAUUUACAAAAUUUAAUGCAUGUGAUUUUCUUAAAA